AUGAGAAUUUUCAUGUGUUUUCUCCUGCUCUGUAUGUUCGCUGAAAUGGUGUCCCCUAGUGAGGACACCGUAGUUGCCACUAAGAAUGGAAAGGUCAAAGGAAUUAACUUGUCUGUGCUUGGUGGAACAGUAACUGCCUUCCUUGGGAUUCCUUAUGGAGCACCACCUAUUGGUCAACUCCGGUUCAAAAAGCCACAGCCUCGGAAAGAAUGGAAAGGGAACUGGGAUGCCACCAAGCAUGCAAACUCUUGCUUUCAGAACUUCGAUAAUACUUUUCCAGGAUUUGCAGGAUCAGAGAUGUGGAACCCAAAGACAAAUCUCAGUGAAGACUGUCUCUACCUUAAUGUAUGGGUUCCUUUACCCAAGCCUAAAAAUGCAUCAGUUAUGGUAUGGAUCUAUGGAGGUGGCUUCCACUCUGGGACAUCCUCAUUGAAUGUAUAUGAUGGCAAAUUUCUAGCCCGAGUUGAAAGAGUCAUUGUUGUUUCAAUGAAUUACAGGUUGGGGCCCUUGGGAUUCUUGGCUUUGCCAGGAAAUUCAGAAGCACCAGGAAAUGUUGGAUUGUUUGAUCAACGGUUGGCACUUCAGUGGGUCCGUGACAACAUAGCAGGCUUUGGCGGUAACUUUAAAAGUGUGACCAUAUUUGGAGAGAGUGCUGGUGCAGGGUCUGUCAGCUAUCAUCUCUUUUCUCCUCAAAGUCAUCCUUUCUUCACUAGGGCAAUCAUGCAAAGUGGUUCAGGAAAUGCCCCUUGGGGUGCAAUUCCAGCCUCUGAAGCAAGACAAAGAACUUUGGCUUUAGCUACACUCCUCCACUGUACGAGUAGCAAUGAAACAGAGAUAAUUUUUUGUCUUCGAAACAAAGAUCCUCAGGAGAUCCUUGACAAGGACAUUUCGGUUUUCAGAAAGACGGAUCUUUUAGACCUAAACUUUCCUCCAGUAGUUGAUGGUGACUUUCUUACUGAUAUGCCAGCAACAUUGCUAAAGAAUGGGCAUUUUAAACAAACUGAAAUCUUGAUGGGAGUGAACAAAGAUGAGGGUUCAUAUUUUCUUGCAUAUGGAGUCCCUGGCUUCAGCAAAGAUAACAACAGCCUUAUAAAUGAAACAGAGUUUCGGGCAGGUUUGCAAUACUGUUUUCCAAAAACAAGUGAAACUGGACUAGAAUCUAUUGCUUUUCAAUAUACAGACUGGGAAGAGGAACAGAACCCUUUCAAUUACCGAGAUGCCAUGGAUGAUGUCAUUGGGGAUUACUAUUUCAUAUGCCCUGCAGUUGAGUUCAUCAAAUACUUUGUCCAGGCAGGAAAUAGUGCUUUCUUAUACUUCUUUGAUCACAGAUCUUCUAAACUACCUUGGCCAGAAUGGAUGGGAGUUCCACAUGGAUAUGAAAUAGAGUUUGUAUUUGGAUUACCCCUAGAGAGAAGAGCAAAUUAUACCAAAGCAGAGGAAACACUGAGUAGGUCUAUGAUGAAAGAGUGGACCAGUUUUGCAAAAACUGGGUAA